GUCGUUGGAAGUGAAGCAAACAAGAAGGCUCGUAAAUGUACAUCAUUUAGUUUCAUUCUGUAGGAUUUUGUUGAAGUUUCAAGAUAGUUGAGUGUGUAAAAACUACGUGAUAAUAUAUUCUGUAUUAGUGAUCGGUAUGGUUUAUACUUACAGUUGUUAUGGUCAAUAUGAUGCCUUGUGUGGUGUGUUGAACUUUGCUUCUAUACGUUCUCAAAUACUAACUAUACUGUGUAGUACUGGUAGUAGCAGUAAUACUAAAUUAGCACAAAGUUUAUGUUAAAUGUUGUAGUGUUUUGUUGGCACUCUCAGUGUGAAUGAACAUCGAGAACGAAGUUACUUCGAUUUUCUUUCGGGAAAUAGAGAAAGCAUACAGAUGCAGCACAAACUAAAUUGUUGUGGACCUUAAAGCAAAUUGAUGCAUAGAGCUAGUGAUUUGGAAGAUUUAAUCUGAUGGCCGUGUCACGUGUUCCUUCUCCACCUCCAAAUAAUGAAGUUGCUACUCCAGUGGCAGAAAGUUGGUGCUACACACAGAUGAAGGUGAUUAAGUUUUCUUAUAUGUGGACAAUCAACAACUUUAGCUUCUGUCGAGAGGAAAUGGGUGAAGUUCUGAAAAGUUCAACUUUUUCAGCUGGUGCAAAUGAUAAACUCAGAUGGUGUUUGAGGGUUAACCCUAAAGGACUUGAUGAAGAAAGUAAAGAUUAUUUAUCACUAUAUCUUCUACUAGUCUCCUGUAACAAGAGUGAAGUUCGAGCAAAAUUUAAGUUCUCAAUUCUGAAUGCCAAACGAGAAGAAACCAAAGCAAUGGAAAGUCAACGUGCAUACAGGUUUGUCCAAGGAAAGGACUGGGGUUUUAAAAAGUUUAUUCGAAGAGAUUUCUUGUUGGAUGAAACCAAUGGACUCUUACCAGAUGACAAACUUACUUUAUACUGUGAGGUAAGUGUUGUAGCUGACUCUGUGAACAUUUCGGGUCAGAAUAGUGCUAUACAAUUCAAGGUUCCUGACUGUCGACUUCCGGAUGACUUGGGUCUACUGUUUGAUAGUCAGAAAUUCAGUGAUGUCAUUCUUAGUGUCAAUGGUCGAGAGUUCUAUGCACACAAGGCAAUUUUGGCUGCACGAUCACCUGUGUUUGCUGCCAUGUUUGAGCAUGAAAUGGAAGAAAAAAAACAGAACCGGGUAGAAAUCACUGACAUGGAUCAUGAGGUUUUACGAGAAAUGCUACGUUUUAUUUAUACUGGGAAAGCUCCAAAUUUAGAAAAGAUGGCAGAUGAUUUAUUAGCUGCAGCAGAUAAGUAUGCUCUAGAUCGACUGAAAGUAAUGUGUGAAGAAGCUUUAUGUUCAAAUCUUUCUGUGGAAACUGCUGCUGAUGUUCUAACGUUGGCUGAUAUGCAUAGUGCAGAGCAGUUGAAGGCUCAUGCCAUUGAUUUUAUCAAUACGCAUGCUACAGAUGUAUUAGAGACAGCUGGGUUUAAGACAAUGAUUCAUCGGCAACCUCAUCUCAUUGCUGAAGCCUUUCGGGCUCUAGCCACUCAACAGAUCCCACCAAUAGGCCCACCUAGGAAGAGAAUCAAACAGUCUUGAAGCUAGUAAAAUCUGUAUGAGUGAUACAUAACUUCAGUAAAUUAUUUCCCAGUCAUUCUUUCAACAAUGUUCAUGCUAACUUCUCCACAUCACCUCCAUUAUAGUUGUUGUGUACAGAAGACUAGAAUAUCACAGUUGUUGAUACAUCACUUGUUGUUUCUAGUGAUUUCAUGGACAACAGUGUUUGCCAUGCAUUUUUUGACAAAGAUUGCUGUAACUAUUGGCUUGGAACAGGAUAAUGUUUAUCAUUGGAAAGAUAGUAUAACGUGGUUAUUUGUGGUACCAGACUUUUUAUGGAUUUUUAACCAAAAGACUACUUGUGUACUCAAGUAUUAUUAGUAUUGAUUAAUCUGUAGCUCUAUCCUUUUGUGAUUGUCUUUAUUGAAGGCAAGUUACGUGUGAUUUUUUUUUAGUGGUAAGUUAUUGUGAUCCAUGAUCAGGUAAUAUCUGUAGUGAUUUGGUGUAUGAAAUGUGAUAACUAGGCUCUAAACCAGUGCACUAAGGUUCCUCUCACAAAUUUUUCCAUAACUGAAAAAAAUUUCUUUGAAUUUUUUUUCCAGAAAAACUAACAAUUGGAAUUCUGUGUAGGAUUUUAUAUACUAUAAAUGAGACUCUAAAUUAAAAUUUUGGAGGCUAAACUUUGUUAAAAUAUUUGAAAGAGUUUUGACAAUCUUUUGUAUUUUUGUAAAAAUGUCAUUUUCUAUAAAUUUAAUUUAAUUUCCUUGUAUUAUUUGGAGGAGAGUAACACUAGUUAUUUGGAAGAUAGUGCAUCUUUCUUCCAUUACGAAAGCCAAGACUGAAGUAAAUGAAGUUGUGUUUGUACUUACAUCUUUGGAAAGAAUUUUAUUAUUAUACUUCAACAAAUGGAGGAAAAUUAAAUGUUUCUUUUCUAGUAAUUUGUUUCAAAAUAGAUUUUAAAAAAAGUAAUCUUUAUGUCAAUUAAAAAUAAAUUGAUGUUCUCUUUAUUACUGAGUAAAAUUUAUUUCUGUGAUACAAUUCUAAAAAAGUUAGAAAUUUAACAAAAUCAAGUAUUAGAAUCUACUUUGAAUGAUUUCUCAGUCUGAUUAAUAGAAAAUUCCAACACCUUAAAAAAAGACUCAAAGUAGCAAGAUUUGUAAGGAGCUUGUAAUAACAAUUUGCAGGCUUGUCAAAAACAUUUAUAGUGUGGGGUGUAUUUAUUGUAUUGGUACUGUGAAGGUAUUCCUGUUUUAAUCCUUUUUUUUUCUUCAAAUAUUCAGUUAAAAUACACAGCUAUUUCACAGUAAUUUAUUCAUAUUGGAAAUGUGAGAAGUUUAAAUCGCAAGCUUUAAUGAAUGAAAAACUAUGUUGAAACUGCAUUAGAAGUGUUGGCUUCUGUACAUUCAUUUGCCAGUUUUAUGGUGACUAACUUGUGACAGUGUAAACAAUAUAAAAACAUCAGUUUAACAAAUUAGAGGACAUGUACAUGUAAUUCAGAUCAUGCUGUGAACUCCCCAUGGUAGUGGCCUGCCUGAAUUUCAUUAGUUUAAAAUGUUCAGUAAAUCCAUUAUUCUGCCUUUGUAGUAAGUGACCCUGGUUAUUAAUUUGAGGCCAGUAAAGCAAGGUAUUCUAUCUCAACCCCAGUGACCUGGAUACUUAUCCAUAUGGCUGGUAAAGCUAAAUAUGUUAAACUUGUAUUUAUGCAGGACAAAUGUUUCUUAUUCUUAUCUUGCAUCACUAUGUUGACAUUUUGUUUUUGACUAAUUCACUUAGUUGACAAAUGUAGUGAAGUAGGUAUCUCUGCUAUGCUUUAGUCUAUAGUACUGAGAAUAUUACUAUAAACCUAAAAUAUUGAAUGCUACUAUAAAAACAUGCCUCUUAUCUCAGACAUUACCACAAAUUAUACAUUACACGAUUAUGAAAUUAACUUAAAUUUUUGUACCUCGUAUGCUAAACUUAAGAGCAUUUAUAUAGUAUGUGAUUUGCAGUAGUUGUUCAUGAGAUUUGUGACUAUUGUUACCAGGGGAAUUUUAAUUUUCUUCAGUCUUUCAAAUACCGGUUGAUUUUGAACAUAUUGUUAACUUUAUUUAGGAGUUUUAGACUUAAAAUUGAUAGUAAUAUAAAUUUUGUUUAUUAUAGUGCAGUGUGUGUACUUUAAGAUGAAGGGGAAUACUUGUUCUUAUUCAGAUAAUCUAACAGCUUAUUACCUGUUUUUACUUUUAUUGUUAUACUACAGUCUGUCUUCUCUAUCUAUGUUCAAACCAUUUUUUAAAUAGACAUGGCAAUCAAGAUGCUGUACAAAUAAAGCUGAACAAAAUGUUUAGUGUUGGAUACAAGAGGUAUGAAACCUUGCCCAGUAUGUAGAAAAAAAUCAAAUUAUUUGCUUCUUAGUUUUAAGUCAUUCCAAGUUUAGUUAGUAGUUCAUAUUUAUUCCACUUGGAGGUGGUAGUUUUACACCAAACUAUACAUCUUACUCUGAUGUACUUUAAUUUACAGAGCUGUACAUGUUACUUUCAGCCAUACUUGACAUAUGGCAUCAUUGCUCCUUGAUCAUAUAUUUGUGCAAGUAUUUUGUGGGUUAAAAGCCACUUUUCUUUAACUCAAAAUGCUGUUUGAUUACUUAAUCGUUUACUUAUUCUGCAAAAGUUACUUGUUUUUUGUUGUUUUUUUUGCUGCACCUUUUGGUUUAGUUCUGGUAGCUGAGCUCAAGUCAACUUAAAUUUUCUAUUACAUUGUUGCUGGCAAUAAAACAUUAGAUACUGUCUGAUACUACCAAUAUUUAUAAUUGCUUAAGUAAUGCUGUGAUUUAUGAUUACUUUGUGUUCUUAUUGGUUUAUUCUGUAGAACCCUAUGGUGCUCAUUUAUGACUAUGGAGAUAAUUUUGUAAUUAUUCUUGUUGGUUUAACCCUGCUCAGUUGUAUGUGUUAUUUUAAAAAAAAAUUAUAACACCACUUGAAUCAGAAACCCUUGAUUUAAACAGGUUUCAGGGAAUUCCACCCCUCAUCAGUAACCCUGGACAAGGGCAAAUUGAAAGAGUAAGACUAGGCUUUAUGUAGUGAUAGAGUGUAUGUUAUGUGUAUGGAUUUCAGAUGUCUUUAACUUGCACAUACCACUUGUAUUAUUGCUACUUAAGGUUAAACAGCCUUACUGUUCAACUUCACAAGAGUUUGGCAAAGAGUGGUUUUUCUCAGUCUCAUAGAGUUCUGCAUGUGUUGAAAUCAGUCUGGAAAAUUUGUUUUUUUGAAGGAUUCAUCAACACAAAAUCUGCCAUAUUGAACACAGUUCUUUUCUUUUCAGAACACACAGGAAAAGUGUCCUUACUGCUUUUGUGAGCAUUCUAGAGUGCAUACUUAUAUCAUUGUUAAUGAUGGUUAAACAGUUUUACAUUCUAAAUACCAAAAAUCGUAAGUAUUCAGUUGCACUCACUACCAUUGCUAUGUAUAUUGGCUUAACUGAGAAAAUAACAGAUAGUUGCAAAGCUUUGCUAUUGACAUAUAUAAUCAAUAUCACUAUUAUUGUUUUUUGACAUUGUACAGUAUCAUAAUGUUAUGUUCUAGUACCCUGUUUCUAAGUGUAUAUCAAUAAAAAAAAAAAUUAAAAAAGAGAAUCUUUGCAUUAGUAUAAGAGCAAAAAAUAAUACUAAUGUUAACUGGUCAGUUGAAUGUAAUUUCAACAAAGAGCUUUAAUGUAAAAAUACCUGCAGGUUCAAACAGUAUACAUCCUAAGACUAAUUGUUGAUCUCAAGAUUGAGUGUUAGUACAAAAGGUAUUCUUAGUGCUUGUAAAUAAUAUCAUCUGUAUGAUUAUAAAUAUAUAUAUAUAGGUGUAUGAUUAUGUAUUAAUUCCCCAAUUUCUCUGUUUUGCUUUAAAUAUUUAGUUGAAAUUCCUCAGAUUCAUGUUUUGUUUUUCAAGUUUUGAGCUGAUGUAGUAGAAAACGAUUUUGACGUUGUCGGUGACAGGUGGGUGUAAUGCUAUUAUUGAUAAUAUUUUGUGGUGUCAAUGCACUUUAAUGGAAAUGUGACAAGUUUAAUACCUCAGAAGUUCUAUUCAAUUCUGGGCACAAACAGUUUGUAUGUUGUGAAUGGCGAACAGGGACUUCUAGAGUUUUGUACAGCAUUUGCAGAAAUGAUCCAAAAUGUUGUAUAACCCACCUGUUGGAUAAUUACUUUUAAUAAAAAUGUCUGUCCAUCACAAAA